CAGAAGGAGGGUGUGGCGAAGUGCAUAAAGCUGUUUGGAAUAAAAAAAAUGAUGCACCACAAGAAGUGGCUAUUAAAUGUUUGUUCAAUGAUCCUUGUGACAAUGAUGAAAUUCCAGAUGAAUUUAUUCGUGAG